UAAUCUAAUUAGUUCAACCCAACACACAAUCAAUGAAUCGUGGCCGUUCAUCUAAACUCUAAAGCUUCCACCACACAAGCAAACGAAGCCAUACGUGAACAUCACACGUGUCAAACGCUCAUUGGUUCAUUCGACGUGGAAUGAGUUAUCAUUGGCCGGAUCUACUCGACACAACUCCUCCAGAUCUAUAUAUACACACACACUCACAAUACACUUCAACAAUUGAAGAGCGCAGUCUCUCUCUCUAGAAUCUUCUUCUUUAAAUCAACCAACAUUUCAACAAAUUGAAGAUGCGUUCGUUGAAUUUGUGUUUGUUUCUUUUGAUCGGUUGCUUGUUUUCACAGAUUCACGCUUCUGCCGACGCUAUAUUUUAUGAGUCGUUUGAUGAAGCAUUUGAGGGAAGCUGGAUCGUGUCUGAGAAGGAAGAUUAUUCUGGUGAAUGGAAACACUCGAAGAGUGAGGGACAUGAUGACUACGGGCUUCUCGUGAGUCAGCAAGCUAGAAAGUACGCAAUCGUCAAGGAGCUAGAAAAACCUGUUGAGCUCAAGGACGGUACAGUUGUUCUCCAGUUCGAAGUCCGUCUUCAAAACGGUCUCGAGUGUGGUGGCGCAUAUUUGAAGUAUCUUCGACCACAAGAGGCUGGCUGGACCGCCAAGGGGUUCGACAAUGAGUCUCCUUAUUCAAUCAUGUUUGGUCCGGACAAAUGUGGGGCCACGAACAAGGUCCAUUUCAUCCUAAAACACAAAAACCCCAAAAGUGGAGAAUAUGUCGAACACCAUCUCAAGUUCCCCCCUACUGUUCCUUCAGACAAAUUGACCCAUGUAUACACAGCUGUUAUUAAACCCGAUAACGAGCUCGUAAUCUUGGUUGACGGAGAAGAGAAAAAGAAGGCAAAUUUCCUCUCGUCUGAGGACUUCGAACCCGCACUAAUCCCUGCAAAAACCAUUCCCGACCCGGAUGAUAAAAAACCCGAAGAUUGGGACGAGCGAGCCCAAAUCCCCGACCCAGAAGCCACAAAACCCGAGGACUGGGACGAGGAUGCUCCUAUGGAGAUACUAGACGAGGAAGCUGAGAAGCCCGAAGGGUGGCUAGAAGACGAGCCGGAAGAAAUCGACGACCCAGAAGCAGUUAAGCCCGAGGAUUGGGAUGACGAGGAGGAUGGUGAAUGGGAAGCACCCAAAAUCGACAACCCGAAAUGUGAAGAUGCACCGGGGUGUGGAGAAUGGAGAAGACCGUUAAAGAGAAACCCGGCUUACAAGGGUAAAUGGCAUGCUCCACUUAUCGAUAACCCUGCUUACAAGGGUAUCUGGAAGCCUCAAGAGAUUCCAAACCCUGAUUACUUUGAACUUGAAAAGCCCAACUUUGAACCGAUCGCUGCCAUCGGUAUUGAGAUCUGGACAAUGCAAGAUGGAAUCCUGUUUGACAACGUCUUGAUAGCCAGUGAUGAAAAGACUGCAACCGAAAUUAGGGAUACCACAUGGAAGCCGAAGUUUAAGGUGGAAGAAGAGAAACAGAAGGCAGAAGAACAAGCAGCUGGGUCUGAUGGUCUCAGCGGAAUCCAGAAAACUGUGUUUGAUGUUCUCUACAAGAUCGCUGAUUUGCCUUUCUUGGGUGACCACAAGGACAAGGUUUUGGAAGUUAUUGAGAAGGCUGAGAAACAACCAAACAUUACAAUCGGUGUGAUUGUUUCGAUUGUGGUGGUGAUCUUUAGUGUGUUGUUGAAGCUGUUGUUUGGUGGGAAGAAAGCGACAAAGAAGGUGAAUGUGGCACCGGCGAAGAAGGAAGAAGAAGAAUCAAAGGCAGCAGAAGGUGAAGAAGAAGAAAAGGAAGAGAAGAGCGAGGAUGCAGCGGCAGCAGGGGCGGUCCCGCGUAGAAAGACAAGACGUGAUAACUGAGUGUUGAGAAGUUGAUGAGGAGUUAGAUACAUGGAUAUUCAUUUUGGUGUUUUUAUUUUUGUUUUUGACAUUUGAACUUGUUAUUUUUGUGGUUUAGAAGGGGAAGGAAAGAAAAGUUUGUAUGAAGACGUUGUAAAUGAGGAUUUAUUAUAAUCUAGAAUCAAGUCUUGUAGUAGUAGUAAGUAAUUUCAUUUUAUUGACGUUAAAUUGCAACACUUAAGAGCUUUGAUUUCA